AUGAAUGCUGUAUCCUAUCGCCUUUGGCCUGACCGACGGCGACAAUGUGAUUGGCAUUACGGGGAGUUUUGUUUUCUCUACGUACUCGACGUGCUGAUGGUACCGGUUUUGACCUUUGCUGUGUUGUUCUUCGCCCGGAACUGGGAUUAUCACAAGUUGAAUAUCGCUUUCAGUAACAGCCGUUCCGGCCGAUAA